AUGAGUUCAAAUUCAAAUAGCCAAGGGCACUGGGUUCACACCUGGGCUAGUAUGCCAAUGCUUGCAGAUGGCGAUAACCUUCCCCCAGAUGACUUUAUAAAAGAGGGUGUGGCCUUUCGUAGCACUACUAUUCGCCAAACCGUACGUCUGUCAAUUGGAACAGAGAAACUCCUCCGAAUCAGGCUGUCCAAUGUGUUUGGAUCCGAGCCUCUUACAAUAGCACACACAACGCUAGCACUGCCGACCAAGAAUGAGUCGGGGACCACAGGAAUUCAAUCUCAAACCAUACGAAGUGUCAGUUUCGGCGGGAGUGAAUCUGCUACUAUUCCGGCAGGAGCGCUCAUAGUUUCUGACGCCGUAAAUUUUGGGUUUCCUUUACAAUCUAACACCGUAUUAAGUAUUAGCAUUUUCCUUGAAGAUGGUCAUGACGCGCGAUGCAUCACCGCGCACCCAGGGAGCCGCACCACGUCGUAUUUCAUCAAAGGAAAUCGUGUGUCUGAGGGGGAUUUCAAUCGCCUUGACGUCAAGCAGACUGAUCACUGGUACUACAUUAGCGGUAUCGAGGUGUUUGCACCACGAGAUACGCGAGCCUUUGCUCUCAUUGGGGACAGCAUUACGGACGGCAGAUGUAGCCUCACUAACGGCGAUACCCGAUGGCCGGAUAUUCUAUUUAGACGAUUGCAGGAUACUACACCUGGAUUACAUACGUCCCUUGCGGUAGUGAAUCAAGCGGCCGGAGGUAAUUGCGUCAUGGGUGAUGGCCUUGGGCCCAACGUGUUGAGUAGGCUUGAUAGGGAUAUUAUAUGCCUUUCCGGUGUCAGCUCCGUUAUGAUAUUCGAAGGCAUCAACGAUAUUGGCACGGCACCCGCCGAUUCUCACAGUCAAGAGGUCUUAAGCAAUCGGCUAAUUGCUGCGUAUAAGCAAAUUGCUAUCCGACUAAGGGCGCAGGACAUUGCGAUCAUUGCAGCAACGUUAACACCUUUUGGCAUUCCACAAACAGAUCUUAUAAGGCAUGGGGAUGCAUCCGUCACAUCUUAUUGUGAUCCAAUUCGAGAGUCUACGAGACAAAGCAUCAACAACUGGAUUCGCACAUGUGGCGUCUUCGAUGCCGUGGUUGACUUUGAUGAGAUCUUGCGAGACCCGGCAGACCAAUCGCGGCUAAAGAGAGAAUUUGACUCAGGGGAUGGAUUGCACCCAAAUCAAACUGCAUUCUACGCCAUGGCAGACUCUUUUCCUCUUCAUAUAUUUGAGAAACUAUUCUAG